GGACCCAAGACGGAGAAGUAGUACAAAUUAGCUAUAUAGUGUCCCAAUCCACGUCACUACGGUCAACACAAAGAUCUCCGAUCAAAUUGCCAGAAUCCAUGACUCGGCAUCUGAUCACAGAUCACAGACCCCGAGUAUGACAGAUGAAUCGCCGAGUCUACAAAACGUGGAGCAAGCCCUAAGCCCUAUCCCAAACGGGCAAGUCGAUGACGGCGUUGCCCGGGGCCCGUUUGUUUUGGACUCCGCAGUGAUCGGGACGAGAUCGCGACUAAGACCCGCCUUAGCUGGUCUCGAGCGCAUCCCUGGCUACUGUUCGAUAUUUCGAUAUCACAGAGGAUUUUGGCUAGAUCUUGACGCCCUCUCCCCGCUAGAGGAACAGGCUGGACCAGAGAAAUACAUAUACUAGCGACCAUGAUGCACAAACAUCCCAAACCCAUCGGCCAGCGCAAGGUCUCCCCCCCUGGCCCCAGCUACAUGAACAAUGACCAGAUGGCAAAUUACUUGAAAGAUCUCCGCACCAACCGUCCAGCUCGACCCACAGGAUCACGACCAUACCCUGGCAAAUCGACGACGGCAUCCUCGCCCGAACUUGAGGACAGUCUUCCGCCUCGCGCAGCUUCUGCCUUCUCCAUGCAUCGCACCUCCGGGAGCCCGCCUGAAGAAGAACCUCGCUGUGAAAGCGCCAUGUCCCACCGUCGCUCGAACUCCAAUGCCGCCGAAGGUGGUCCAACCGGUCGCCCUCUCGCCCAAGAACCACGAUCAGUCUCGGUGCGAAAGACCGUGUUUCCCUCGCAGAUCUUCUCGCGUCCCGUGGCCGCAUCCCCGGUUCCCUCCUAUCGGUCUUAUCGCGAAAGUAAACAACGGCACCAAGAGAAGGAGGAGGCGCGCGAGUUACGCGACGCGCUACAAGGACUAGAUUUGGAAGAUGACGUUCGAUUGCACCACGCAGCGCAGGACGAGGCGACGGAGCUGGUGUGGAUGCAUCAGAAUCCCGGCAUGGCGUAUAAGAACCCGUAUGCGCCUUACCAUAACCCAGAUGCCGUGGGGCCAGAGCCUUCGAUCCAAAAUCAGCCACGAAAGAACUCUGGAUCAGGCUCUUCCCCAGUGAAGCACCGUCAUUCAAUUGCCUCGAGUGGUACCUCGAGUGGUACCUCGAGUGGGCCUUCGAGUCCCGAGUAUACGGAGGCCGCCUUGGAUUCAUCUGCCCGGAGGCGCUCGUCCCUCGCCGGGAAUUCGAAGAAGAACCUCAAGGUCAACUUUGCCUUGCCUGAAGAAGAGAAGCCAACGCCCAAACCCCGAACCGUGAGUGGCGAUUCCUCCAAGGGCGUCUUUCGAAACCCCGAGGACCAUAUCUACGAAGAGCCUCAGGCGACCGACUCCCAGCCCGACUUCUCCAAGUCCGACUCCUCGGCCCUGCGGAACAAACCACGCAAUGCGCUGCCACGACUCGGUAAGCCGCUUCCCUGGUUGCAGGGCCGAAAUACUACCGGUUCCGUACGCGACAAGAUCUCCAAGUUCGACAUCCACAAAAACCCACCAAGCCAAUCCCGUGAUCCGGGUUAUACAAAGAAUGAGCCCGUUGCGCCAUCGCCUCCUGCCAAGGAUGAGGAGCCCAUCCCCAUGAAGGACGGAAAGGAAAUCCGUAGCGAUGAUAUCCGGGCCGCUACCAGCAAAAAGCUCAGGGACCGCAGUGAGAAGCUGCCCAUGCCGUCUGCGGUCAGCAAUCGCAUGGGACGGCCCAUUGUGAGCUUUGAUCCGAAAUGGCAACCGAGUGACCAGCCCAAGCCCAAGCCACAAGCACCAACAGUGGCCCCUCCGGUGCCUACCAUCAUAGUGGCUCCCAAUAUUGAGAUCUCUGACCAGCAGCCUCCGCCACCAAUCCCUGUCAUCAAUCUCCCCGAUGUUAAAGAACCGACAAUCUCCGAAAUGAUCGAGCCCGGUCAACAGCAAAGCAAGCCAGGGAGAUCAGUUCCACAACCUCCAGGCAAUCAGAACCGUCAGCCACCCGUAAGAAGACACCCAUCAGAACCACAACGCCAUGCGUUCACUCCAUACGCUCGAUCCGGUGUCCCCACAGCGCGCUGUGAGUCCUGCUCCCUCUCUAUCUCCGGCAAGAUCGUCACCGCCGGUGGUUGCCGAUUCCAUCCAGAAUGCUUCAUCUGUCACCACUGUCACACGGCCCUAGAGUGUGUUGCUUUCUACGAGGAGCCGGAAGCCUCCCGGGCCGAGAGACUGUCGCAUAACCCGGACGAAGAAGCACGUAUCCCGCGGUUCUACUGCCACUUGGAUUUCCACGAGCUUUUCAGUCCCCGCUGCAAGAGCUGCAAGACCCCCAUCGAGGGUGAAGUUGUCGUUGCAUGUGGCGCAGAAUGGCACGUUGGCCACUUUUUCUGCGCCGAAUGUGGUGAUCCCUUCAACUCGACAACUCCCUUUGUCGAAAAAGACGGUUUCGCAUGGUGUCUUCAAUGCCACGGCCGUCGCACCGCGCCCCGCUGUCUGGGCUGCAAGCAGCACGUCCUCGAUGAUCUGGUCAUCACCGCUAUCGGUGGACAAUGGCACGAGCGCUGCUUUGUCUGUCACGAGUGCGGUGACGGAUUUGGAUCCGAGGGCCGUUUCUUUGUUCGUGAGGGCGAGCCGAAGCGUACUGCUAAGGGUCGAAUUAUUGGUGGGCCGGUGCAGUUGGCUAUCUGUGAGCGGUGUGAGGGUAUUCGUCUCAAGGCUCCUGGGAUGUGCUAAGGUUACAUAUACGCUACACUUACUUUCGGCACUCUCGCGAUGGGUAUCGGAGCAUUUGAUGCGAUUUAUGAAUUUACUGCAUUACGAUUUAUUGAUUGACUUUGGUGGGGGGGGGGGGAUCCGUUUCGGGUUAUGAGAGUGCAUUAUUCGGUUCUAUGAUUGUCUUAUGUUUUACUUCUGACAUUUCGCUUCCAUGUUGCCCUCUUUGGCGGGAGUCUUCAUUUUGAUUUAGCAAGCGCAGAUUGUUUAUUUUGAGAUUUGUUUCAUGUUUGUGGUAUCGGCAAUGCAUGCAUAAUAGAGACUUUGAACUUUGGACGUGGACUUGAAGAUGGGAGGGAAAACGCCUAUACACCAGAGAAUCUUUUUCAGGCCAUAUAAAAGACCAAUCAAAUACACUCAUGCACUCGUUUUCUCCUCUUAAGCAGGCCACUCGGGAUCAGCCUUGCGUCGGAAAACGGCAACAUACUUGUUACCAUUGUUCCGAGAAACCUUCUUCGACUCUUCCGUCUCAAAUUUCAUCACCCGCACACAGGGAUCCGCCUCGAGUUCCUCGUCAGAAACGAGUUCCCACAAAUCCCUAAUCCCCCCGGUAGGCUCAUCCGCCGACUGCUCAUCGGCAUUCUCCCCCUCGACAGUCUCGUACUUGAAAUGCCGCAGGACCCAGUGGUGAUACUCCUCCACGUCGGUGAUUGUAUACAACAAACCACCCGGCUUCAAGACGUACGCAUACUCGGCAUUCAGACUCUCGGAAAUAAUACGAGCCUUGUGCUUGCGCGCCUUAAAGUGCGGAUCGGGGAAACACACGAAGAUCUUGGAGAGUUGGUGGCGGGCAAAGAAAUUGGGGAGAAAUUUCAUCGUGUUGGCUCGGAUACCCGAGAUGUUCUCGUAGUUCCCGGGGACGAUGGUCGUCGUGCUGCCGACCUCGUCGUCCUCGUCUUCUGUGGCUGCGGGGGUAUCGGAGGUGGUAGCACCGUUUGUGGAUUUCUCCGCGGCGAUCUUCUUCAGGACUUGCUGUUUCAGGCGGAGGGCGGAGAUACGACUGCGGACGUAUUCGAGGACUGAGACGCGGAUUUCCAUGCCUGAGGGGAUUUAGAUCAGCAUCGUUAUGAUAUGGAAGACUUGAUUGAGGGUUAUUCAGAUCAGAAACAUGUGGGCAUGUUGAACGUACCAACCAUCAAGGUAUCUGGUAGUAUAGGUGCCAGGCCAACCAGCAACCCGCCAAAUCCACAGCCAAUGUCUACGACUUCCACAUCCUUGGUCAAUUUCCUGGUACCGCCGAGAUUGAUCUUGGACGGAUCGGGAUCCACAAAGGCAGGGUAAUGCGACGCCCAGUCCAUAUGCGCGGGGCUAAUAGGGCUAUAGAUUCAUCCAAGGUUAGCUCUCUUCUCUAGCGCAGACAAAUAAAGUAGUACCCCAGAACCGCAAAGCUCCACGAAGCCAAUGUCUUCAAAGUACACUCCACACUAUUCUCCAAGAUGGUAAAUGGGCCACGUACUAGUCCAAAUUAUGAUCCGAGAAGACAUUCGCAUGCGCGCGCUGCCGGAAGAAUCUCUUCUGCGGCAUCUUCACAUUGGAAGCAUCGCCAUCACCGCGCUCGACCUGCUCUUGGAUCUUGCGGCGAUAUUCCUCGCGCUGUUGGCGCUUACCCGCUACCUGGGUCGCCAUGUUGAAAAUGACGGUUAGUAUUCGGGAAUUGCGUGGGAGAGAAAAGCGAGGGGUCAAGGACUGGAAAGUUG